GAGAGAGAGAGUGGGAGAGAGGGCGAGAGAGAGAGAGUGAGGGUGCAGGCUGUCAGUUGACAGAGGAAGGCGACAGAGAGAGGGGAGAAAGGGAGAGAGAGAGAGAGAGAGAGAGAGAGAGAGAGAGAGAGAGAAGGAGGGAGAAAGAGAAGUUGGUGAGCCACUUCGGAAAAAGUCGCUCGCAGAGUCGCGGGGCUUUAAUGUGGACGCACGCGCCGAAGUUCAAAGAAUAGAGCGCGAGAGGCAGAAAUGAGGACAGGGUCCACGUGCAGGUGGUGUGUGUUAUGGAGCACAGUGCUGAGCGCAGUGUGUGUGAGCGCCAUCGAAAAGGCCAACAAAACAGUGAUUGGUCGCCACCUCGACAGACAGAAGCGGUGUGGCUAGAAGGUGUAUGGGGCGCAUGGAGUGAUUGGGCAGAAUGUUCUCAGAGCUGUGGUAUGGGUGUCACUGAGCGGCGCAGACAAUGCGUGCAACCACCCCAAACUUGGAAUGGGCCGAGUUACCUGCCGCCAGGUGUAUCAAGUCACAACCCCUUACUUCCCCCUCACAUGCCUUAUUACCCUUCCUCUUAUCCUGGCAAUGACAGAAUUUACUCAGCUAAUCAGAGUCCUGGACUACCUCUAUAUCGAGAUACCCCUGAAGGGCUAGGACAGGAGCUGCCCAAUCAUGUGCCUUCUUUUUACCGACCAGAUGCCAUAUCGACCAGUCACCAGCCCAUUUCAAUUUACCGUUCACCAUCUUCUUCAUCCUUGCCUUUAUAUGGUCAGUCUGGAAGAGGAUCCAGACGGCCAGCCAGUGAAGGGACUGGAAGAGUUGGAGUAGGUGGGAGUAGGAGAUCAGUCUCGAACAACAGAGAUCCAGCAUCUGUGAGGAGAUCAAUCCGCCCUGGUCAGUUUGGUUACGGCAGGGUCCCAUACUCACUCCCACUUCACCGCCAAAACCGGCGCACGCGAUAUGCCCGUCUCCAUGGAAAUGCAACCACAGAACUACUGCAAGUCAAAAGACCUGCAGCUAUACAGGAAGCAGAGAGCCAACGAGAAGAUAACAAUGACCGAAGAGAUACACAGCCAAAGGAGACAGCCAAAGGAGAUACACAGCCAAAGGAGCGACCGAGACAGAGAUCUAUCACUAGGCGUGCACCUCCUCAAGCCUCAUACUCCCCCUACUCGUCACCUCUCCACAGGCCACACCCACUUUCAGACACGCAACCCUAUGCCCAACCACCUUACGUUCCACCCCCUGUUGUUCCUGUACAGCACUAUAGGUGUUCUGGGAAAGACAGAGAGUUUCGGAAGUGCACUGUGGAGGCAUGUUCCAGUUCCCAGGUGGACCCACGAGCUGAACAGUGUGCCAUGUUCAACAGCAAAGAGUUCACGGGUCGCAUUUAUGACUGGGAGCCUUUUACUGAAGGCUCAGUGGAUCAGCAGUGUGAGUUGACAUGUCGGCCAGUCGGCUAUCGUUUUUACGUUCGCCAUUCAGAGCGAGUAAGAGACGGAACACCGUGUGUUAAUAAUACCCCCAAUGAUGUGUGUGUUGGAGGCCGAUGCAUGAGUGAAGGGUGUGAUGGCCUGUUAGGCUCCGGCGUGGUGCGUGAUCGGUGUGGUGUGUGUGGUGGAACUGAUGGCUCAUGUGUUCGAGUGUCAGGAAGUUUUCAGAAUAGCAGUGUUCCUCUGGGUUAUCACAAGAUUCUUGAUAUUCCAGCAGGCGCGACAGCCAUCAACAUCACAGAACGUAGUGCCAGCCCUAACUACCUUGCCUUGCGUAGCGGCACUGGUCAGUCAAUUGUGAAUGGCCGCUGGGCUGUUGAUCCUCCAGGUGAAUAUGAAGCAGGAGGAACAAAAUUUGUGUACACUCGUAAGCACGGGGAAAUCCUCACUGCCCCCGGACCCACACAGUCACUGCUGCAGCUCUAUAUUAUUUUUCACAAGGAAAAUUCAGGUGUAGAUUUUGAGUACUAUAUACCUGUUAAGAAAAAUACAGUGAAAGAGUGGAAUGGAGGGAGCGCAUCUCUCCGUGAGACGGGUGCUGUUGUAACGUUUGAAGACUCUGCCACUUCCCCUGUCUCUGCUCCCUCUACAUCUGAUAGUUGGACACUGGAGAGGCUUCGACCUCACAACAUUGGGCCUAAUCGUAAUGUUCGCAUCCCCCCAAGGACCGACAUCCCAUUAGAUAAUCAGAGUCCUUUUGUGUGGAGGCUGGGGCAGCUCAGUGAGUGUUCUGCUUCCUGUGGCAAAGGUUUCCAGCAAAGAGAGACGCUGUGCGUGAACAGACACACUAAUGAAGAAGUGCAUGAGAGGCAGUGUGACUCGGCGUCUAAGCCCAUCGCAGAGGAGGAGCCAUGUAACCUCCAUCCCUGCCCACCAUACUGGGAGGCAGGAGCAUGGUCCGAGUGCAGCGUUUCAUGUGGCUGGGGUCUGCAACACCGUCAACUGCAGUGCAGGCAGAACUUCUCCAGCCGCUCCACCCGAGUCCACCCUCAACGCUGCUCCGGUCUCCCACAGCCCAACACCACUCAGGCCUGCCACACACACUCCUGUUCUCACUGGCAGGUCACCUCAAACUGGAGUGCUUGUUCAGUAGACUGUGGUGCGGGUAAAAGGACACGUAAUGUCCGCUGUGUCAGUGACCGUGGCAGUGAGGUGAGUGACAGUGAGUGUAAUGCCAGGAUCCGCCCACAAAGAAGUGAAGACUGUCACAUGGGUCCCUGUGUCUCCAACUGGUACUUCACUGACUGGACAAACACAUGCUCCGCCCCCUGCGGUCCAGGUGUGCAGAAGCGUGAAGUUGUGUGUGUGUCAAGCGGAGCUGUUGGUGAAUGUGUGAAGGAGAAACCAGUUGAUAUGAAGGCGUGUAAUUCAGGACCCUGCGUUGCACAAGCACAAUGGUUCGCUGGGCCAUGGGGACAGUGUAGCGCACCAUGUGGGAACGGAACCCAGCGCAGAGACGUGAUCUGUAUCCAGAAGCUGGGGAGUGAUUUCAGCAUGACACCAGCCAGCGAGUGUGCGCACCUGGAAAAGCCAUCCCCCAUCCAGACUUGUGAGCUGGAGCCAUGUGAACCACAGUGGUUCACCACAGAGUGGAGUGCGUGCUCCAAGUCCUGCGGUGAUGGACUACAGAUUCGAGAUGUUCGGUGUCUGACGCCGGAUAAACAGCCGAGCUUUGCCUGUGACUCCACCCAUAAACCACACCCCAAACAGAAGUGUAACUCCGGCCCCUGCAGCCCCUCUCUAGAUGAGAGCUGUAAGGACCGAGGCUCCAACUGUCUCAUGGUGGUCCAGGCUCGGCUCUGCGUUUACUCCUACUACAAGUCAGCCUGUUGUGCCUCCUGCACUCAAAGUGCUCAAAGAGCCAAACGCCACUGAGUCAGGGUCAAAGGUCAGUGAUAGAGCAGCCGAUACUCCAGCCAAACAAAUGCCAUCAGUCUAAUGCCAUCAGUCACGGACUGCCAUCAGUCUAAAUGGAAGAAGUGAAUUUAGACUGGGAAUUUAGACUUUAACAUUUCAACAGCUAUGCUUUGCUAUGGCUCUAUCAAUCAUGAUUAAGCCCUGAUUAAGCCCUGGCUACACACCACACACUCGCUCUAUAGCUAAAAACUAAACGCCAACAAUCUCAUCCCAGCUGCAGCAAAACCAGAAAUUGUAUUUCUUUUCUCAAUGUUAUUUUGCUUUUUCUCAAAAUGAGAACCUUUUUAAAAACGAGUAUAUGUCUGUUUUGUUUUAAAAGCACUAGAAUUUUCUGCCUUUCUAUGCCAAAUUGAAUGCCAAAUUAAAUUUACAGUGAUGAAGGUGCCUUAAAUAAAGGAAAAUGAGCUUUAUAUCCACUUUACGUAUCUAGACUCAGCACAGCUGAUUUUGUUCACAUCCCUGUGCUUUAUACACACACAUACACCAACAUAUAAACAUUUUUCUUAUUAUGUAUAUAGUGCACUACAUAGUGCACACUAUGUUCACCUAUUUAGGUUGCAGGGAGCAAACUUUUUUAUUAAGAUAGAGCUAGAUUUUCUACAUAUAAUGCCCUAUAUAGGGUGCCAUUAUUAUUAUUUUUUUUUUUUUAUUCCAUGUAGGUGGUAUUAUUUCUUACCCUGGGAAAUGUACAAAUAAAUCAAUGUGGAUUAGCUUUUUUAAACAGUGCAAUGUAUAGGAUUAUAAAAAUAAUGGCACCCAGUGUAGUUUACUAUACAGAAUUUUACCAUCACCGUAAUAUAUUUGGGCUCUAUGUAUGCAAUAAUCGCAAACUACUCUCUGUGUAGUUCACUAAAUGUCUGCCAGGGAACUGUGCUUUCUGAUUAUAAUUUCGUGUAUAUAUAUAUUUGAUCAAGUGGAAAACAGAGAUUUUAGCUUUGCCCUAUUAUAGUAUUGCUUUUUAUAGGUUAUGAAAUAUGAGCCCCUAUAUAGUGCAGUAUAUAGAAGAUUUUGCUUCAUUCUAACAUAUUAGGUACUUUAAUAGGGUAUGAAAUAAUGGCUUCCUGUAUAGUUAUCUAUAUGACUAUAUAUAUAUUAUCUAUGUAGUGUACUAUUACUUCCUGUGUAAGUGCAGUUCAUAGGGUAUUAAAAUAAUAUAAAUAUAUAUAUAUAUAUAUAUAUAUAUAUAUAUAUAUAUAUAUAUAUAUAUAUUAGUAUAUAUCUAUCAGGAAGUAAUAAUGUACUACAUAGGGGAUAGGGCCAUAUCUUAAUAGUGCACCCUAUGUAGUGCACUAAAUUUCUAUAAUGGAUUUAUUUUGUUUUUUAAAUUAUUAUUAUUAUUAUUAUUAUUAUUAUAUGUAGACCAAAAACAACCAUUUGGGCAAUUUGGUAUUACUUACUCUGCAAACACACUGCAAACAAAGCUUUACUCCUUCUGAAUUGUGAUCAACCAUUAACCAUUCCUCUUUUUAACACACACACACACACACUCACACACACUGGCUUUCUCCUCCUCUUGUAUGUCAGAUUUCUCAGAUUAUAUGUAAGCAUGUAACAGUUUUUAUUUCUGUUAAAAUUCAGUUUGUUUUGAAUGCAUCCUUAAAUAUGAAGUUGUGUGUAAGAUUCAGAGAAGAAAUGUGAUUGGUUGUCUGUGGCUAAUAAGAAAUAAGAGGGGGUGGGAUUUAAGGUGGCUUGUUGUUUAUUUGUUUGUUUGUAUUUGAAUAACUACAUUACUAACUUCAGUAGUGCUUUAAAGUGUCGAGCCAAACAUUGUGUGUGCGUGUGUGUGUGUGUGUGUGUGUGUGUGUGUGUGUGUGUGUGUGUGUGUGUGUGUGCGUGUGUGUGUGUGUGUAAUUGAGUGAAAAAAGAGAGAAUUACAAAAUGUGUUAAUGUACAUACUUAUGUGUAUAGUGCCAUAAUCAAAUAUUAGCAAAUAGAAGCUGAAGUAUACUUUUAUAUAAAAAAUACAGAUAGUUAUUUAUCAAAAAAUAUUAACAUAAUUUAUUUUUAUUUUAUAGAACAAAGCAUAUGUUAUGUUCUGAUGUUUAAGAGAAAAUUGUGAUUGUAAAAUAAUAAUCUUUUUCAUUAUAAAGAUGGAAAAGUGUGUUAAAUUCCAAUACAGUGCUGCAGAAUAAAGAAAUUAAAUAAUUUCGAA